AUGAAUGAAAUGGCUACAAAUAAGAUUAUAUGCUGUAAUUGUGAAAUUUCAUUAGUGCCAACGAAAUAUAUUUAUAUUCAAUGUGAUAUUUGUCAAAAGAAAGGAUUUGAUGUGAAACUAUGCACUUCUUGUUUUCGAAUGGGUGCAGAAUGUGGUCCACAUAAACGUGGACAUGCAUACACAGUUAUAGAUCGUAAAGGACCUUCAUUAUUUCAAACAACAUCUGAUAAGCAGUGGGGUUGGAAAGAAGACCUGAAAUUGAUUGAAGCAGCACAUAAGCACAAAUUGGGCAAUUGGGAUGAAAUUGCAUCAGAGUUGGAUACUGAUAAAACUGCCGAUGAUGCUAGGAAACGUUUUGAUCAAUUUUUUAUACGUGGUCCCUUUGGUCGAUAUGCAGCCGGUGCUAUUUCAGGGCCAUAUGUUGGUAAUCAUAAAGAUGAAGAAAGCAGUUCAUCACAUCCUGAAUCAAGUAUGGUUGGUCAAGGACAAGUAGUAGAUAGUUCAGAUUGGCAAUAUAUAACCGAAUUUUUUCGUAAUUACGAUCAAGCCGUAGAUUUGGACGAUCCAAACUGGUUUGACCAAUUCAAAGAGCCUUUGAUGAAAUUUAAGAGUGAAUUUUAUGCUCAACAUGUACAAAGCCCAGCAAAAAAGAAUGAUGAUGAUGAGCAGCAACAAACUUUUGAAAAUAAUAAUGAUUCACAGCUGAUAACUCCACCUUCAUCACCACUUUCUGUGGAAUUUUUGAGAACAGAUGACGAUGGCAAAAGAAAACGAUUAUUGUCUGUGAGUGAUUUUGAUGAAAGCGAUGGUGAAGAAAUAACGAACUCAGAGAGCAGUAAUUCAUCUGAUUAUGAGACUGAGUUAACACCACAUUGUUCAAAAAAAAGAAACACUGGUCGUAGUGCUCAUAUUUAUCGUAGCUCAUUAGGUGCGGAUGAAGGAAAUGAGCCAGAAUCGGAACAAAAAUAUGAAAGAAAGAAACCAGUAUUGCAAUUGAAGCGUGUUGGAAAGAAGAGACAAAAAAAAGAUCGUAGGAAAAAAUUAUUUUUAGAGGAAGCAUACAAAGGAAAACUUGUGGUAAAAAUAAGUGAAGAUGCAAAGAAGCAGUUGCGAGAAUUUCAUCCGGAACAAUUUUAUGCAAAUGUACCAUUAUUACCUUUCGAAGCAGAAGAACGUUUAAAAUUGAAGGAUACCGAUCUUCAAUUAUUGGGAUAUAUGCCAGAAAGAGAGGAUUUUGAAUGGGAAUUCAUGAAUGAUGCAGAAAAAUUAAUUAGCCGUUUAAUGUUGCAGCCAGGUCCUGAUACAGAUGAAGACAGUGCUUUUGAAAGCGCUGUAAAAUUAGCAAAGGUGCAGAAAUAUAAUCGAAUCUUGAAGCAGAGAAGAGCAAAAAAAGCAGCUGUUAGAGAAUAUGAACUUGUGAACAAGUUUUUUGACAAAAUCAAGAAAAUAGAAGAAACUCGUCGGAGUAUGACACACAGUCAGCAUUAUUCAUCUUCAACACGCCAAUAUGAAUUACUUCAUUCAUUUAUGAAAAGAACUUGUCAAGUAGUGAGACAAUCGGAGUUAAAUCAAUUAUUUGAUGCAAUCAUAGGUUACACGAACUUGAAUGAAAGGAUUUUGAAAUUGGAAAAUCUUAAAGCAGAUAUUGUUAAGGAUCCGAAAGGUAAGAAGAGAUAA